UGGGACACCGGGACACCAUGCUACUGCUGUUGCUGGGCCUCACUCUCCUGGGGACCCCUGCCUCCUGGGCCCAGACCAUGUAUGGACUCAAAGGAGAGAGGUUUUUCAGCACCUAUGCAGACGAAGACAAUGAAGUCAGGGCGGUUCGGAUAACCACGAAUCUUCUGGGCCAGAUUCAGAGUAUCCAGGUGAAGAUCGGCUGCGUCUGGGACGCUGUGUACGGAACCGCCGGCUGGAAGACCCAGGAGCUCAUCCUGCAGCCGGGAGAGCACAUCACGGCCAUCCACGGCCAGCACCUCCUCAAAAUCUGGACGCUGACCCUGUGCACCAACCACAGCCGCUGCGUGGAGUUCGGGAAGAAGGCCGGCAAGCCCUUCUCUGCCUUCCCCGACCAGGACGGGGAGGUGCUCAAGGGCGUCUUCGGCCUCCUGGCGUCCUCCGGCUUCAAGGGCAUGGGCUUCCAAUGGGGCCUUCUGCCGGCAGAGUCGCUCCCUGGCCCAGCUUGUAACAGCACCCUGUGA